GAGCGUCUGCUUGUGACCAGCGACAGAAAACGAGAAGGAGAGCACAGUUUCAUUCAGUCAUUCAUAUUCUGCGCACUUUACAAGACGGAGUGAAGAAAAUAAUUUUUUUGACGAUGAAUUGCUCAGAGGAAUUCCCACUUGAGUGCGAGAAGCCUGGUGUCCAGACUGAACUGAAAAAGGGAAUGUCCAUUUUCAUUGAUAUUUUGCGGCGAGCAGACAAAAACGAUGACGGCAAACUGUCCUUCGACGAGUUCAAGUCCUACUUCUCGGAUGGCGUCCUGACGUCAGAGGAACUGAAGGAGCUUUUCCACGCCAUCGACAGCCACCACACAGACAACGUGGACACAGAUGAACUCUGUGAAUACUUCUCGCAGCACCUCGGGGAAUACAAGAAUGUUCUGGCUGCCCUGGAGGACCUCAACAUGUCCAUACUGAAGGCCAUGGACAAGACCAAGAAGGAUUAUCAAGAGUCCACCCACCUGGAGCAGUUCGUGACCCGCUUCCUGUUGAAGGAGACGACCAAUCAGCUCCACUCGCUCCAGAGCUCGCUGGAAUGCGCCAUGGAGACCACCGCCGAGCAGACGCGCCAAGAAAAACACGGUCCUACUAAACCGGAGAUUUUGUCCAUCCAGUGGUCGGGCCGUCGUUCCAACCGGAGACUCCAGAGGAACAACAGCCUGUCCCCCAGUAACCCCAUCAUGAGUAUUGUUAACUCAGGCGUGUAUGAGGAGGAGAGCCACUGGACAGUUCAAGUGAACAGGCUCCAGAAGCUCAUCGACCGCCUGGAACAAAAGGAGAUCCGCCUGGAACCUGUCGAAGAUGACGUCCCGGAAAGCAAACUGCACAUCCUGAUUGUGCAGAGGCAGCUGACCGUGCUGGAGGAUGAGCUGGAGGAGUUUCGCGUGGCACUCAGACACUACAUGGACUCUGCCGGCGCACAGACCGGAUGUCUACACGUGGCGCUGCAGCGGCUGCCUAACGAGUCACGCUUCAUCCUCUAUGAAUUCUGGGAGCACAUCAAUGUGUGGAAGAAUCACCUGCAGAGCAACUCCAGCAAGACUUUCCAGAGGGCCAACGUGGACUUCCUGGAAACCCCCGAGACCGUCACCACCAUGCUGCUCCCGGCUUCAUGGUGGGUCCUCAACAACAACUGAGAGCAGCUUGUCACUCACUUGGUGCGCACACGCAUAUAUGACGUCAGAACAGUAAAUAUAAAGACUUUUGUGUUUUUUCUUUGUACAUAGUAUAAAAUACACAGAUAUACACACACACUGGCACGUUUCCACUGUGCGUAUGUGUUUUGACGAUGCUCUUUAAAAAAAUCGCAAAAAACAAACAGAAAAUUAAUUACUUCCUGGCUUUCUGGCCAGCCAGUCAUCACCGUGUUUGGCGUUACGCUCGAGUUUCAGAUUGUUGCAUCGGCACACGAUUAAUCAGUAAAAUGUUCAAAAA